CAAGAAGCAAAUCUUACUUAAUUUACAUUAUUAAUUCCCUUGUGGCUGUGAGAGCAUAGAGCAUAAUGAGUUUGAAGUUUGGGCAUGGACUCAUGUUACUAGUUAUUAUAAGUGCUUCAAUGUUUUCAUUGAGCAUGGCCAACAAGGACUGGUCUUUUGGUUUCAACUACACUGAUUGGUGGUCCAGAUUCGGGAAUCAUCCUCAGAACAAAACACAACAACAACCUAAGCAAAUACUUGUGGGUGGCUCUGAGCAUUGGCACUUCGGCUACAACUACUCUGAUUGGGCCAUCAAGAAUGCCCCAUUUUACAUCAACGAUACUCUAGUUUUCAAAUAUGAUGCUCCAAAUGCCACUAGUUUCCCACACAGCGUGUACAUGUUUAAAAGUUUCGGGAGCUUCUUGAAGUGUGACAUUAAAAAUGCUAAGAUGGUGGCGAAUUCCACGCAAGGUGUAGGAAAGGGCUUCAAGUUUGUGCUGAAGAAGUGGCAGCCUCACUACUUCGCCUGUGGCGAGCGAAAUGGAUUCCAUUGCAACAAUGGCACCAUGAAGUUCGCUGUGAUGCCUAUGCUUCGUCCCUUCUGGCAGUGGCCAUGAGAAAACAAAAUUUCACAACUAUUUGCAGCUUUUCAUAUUUAUGUUUUACUUAUAUGUUUUGUUUGAAGACAUUUGGCAAAUAAAACUCUGGUUUCAGAUUGAUUGAUUUUAAUCAAUUUAAUAAUACUAUUUGUAGUGUUGUAUUACAAACUGUGGUUUCAGAUUCAUUAAUUUUAAUCAAUUUAAUAAUACUAUUUGUAGUGUUGUAUUACAAU